CGGCGGCGGCGGCGGCAGCGGCCGCUGCAGCCCCACACUCCGCCGCCAAACUGGAGGAGCGACGGAAGGCGGACCCCAGGAGGAUGGAGGAUGAAGCUGUCCUGGACAGAGGGGCUUCCUUCCUUAAGCAUGUGUGUGAUGAAGAAGAAGUAGAAGGCCACCAUACCAUCUACAUUGGGGUCCAUGUGCCGAAGAGCUACAGGAGAAGGAGACGCCACAAGAGAAAGACAGGGCACAAAGAGAAGAAGGAAAAAGAAAGAAUCUCUGAGAACUACUCUGAUAAGUCAGAUGUGGAAAAUGCUGAUGAGUCCAGCAGCAGCAUCCUGAAACCUCUCAUCUCUCCUGCCGCCGAGCGCAUCCGGUUCAUCCUGGGCGAGGAGGAUGACAGCCCCGCGCCGCCUCAGCUCUUCACCGAACUCGAUGAGCUGCUGGCCGUGGACGGGCAGGAGAUGGAGUGGAAGGAGACGGCGAGGUGGAUUAAGUUUGAAGAAAAAGUGGAACAGGGUGGGGAAAGAUGGAGCAAGCCCCAUGUGGCCACAUUGUCCCUUCACAGCUUAUUUGAGCUGAGGACAUGUAUGGAGAAAGGAUCUAUCAUGCUUGACAGAGAGGCGUCUUCUCUCCCACAGUUGGUGGAGAUGAUUGUUGACCAUCAGAUUGAGACAGGCCUUUUGAAACCUGACCUUAAGGAUAAGGUGACCUACACUUUGCUCCGGAGGCACCGGCAUCAAACCAAGAAAUCUAACCUUCGGUCCCUGGCUGACAUUGGGAAGACAGUCUCCAGUGCGAGUCGGAUGUUUACCAGCCCUGAUAAUGGUAGCCCAGCCAUGACCCAUAGGAAUCUGACUUCCUCUAGUCUGAAUGACAUUUCUGAUAAACCGGAGAAGGACCAGCUGAAGAAUAAGUUCAUGAAAAAACUGCCACGUGAUGCAGAAGCCUCCAAUGUGCUUGUUGGGGAAGUUGACUUCUUGGAUACUCCUUUCAUUGCCUUUGUUCGGCUCCAGCAGGCAGUCAUGCUGGGUGCCCUGACUGAGGUCCCUGUGCCCACAAGGUUCUUGUUCAUUCUCUUAGGUCCUAAGGGAAAAGCCAAGUCCUACCAUGAGAUUGGCAGAGCCAUUGCCACCUUGAUGUCUGAUGAGGUGUUCCAUGACAUUGCUUAUAAAGCGAAAGACAGGCAGGACCUGAUUGCUGGCAUCGACGAGUUCCUAGAUGAAGUCAUUGUCCUUCCCCCUGGAGAAUGGGAUCCAGCAAUCAGGAUAGAGCCUCCCAAGAGUCUUCCAUCAUCUGACAAAAGAAAGAAUAUGUACUCAGGUGGAGAGAAUGUUCAGAUGAAUGGGGACACACCCCAUGAUGGAGGCCACGGAGGAGGAGGAGGGGGACACGCAGAUUGUGAAGAAUUGCAGCGAACUGGACGGUUCUGUGGUGGACUAAUUAAGGACAUAAAGAGGAAAGCACCAUUUUUCGCCAGUGAUUUUUAUGAUGCUUUAAAUAUUCAGGCGCUUUCAGCAAUUCUCUUCAUUUAUCUGGCAACUGUAACUAAUGCUAUCACUUUUGGAGGACUGCUUGGGGAUGCCACUGACAACAUGCAGGGCGUGUUGGAGAGCUUCCUGGGCACGGCUGUCUCUGGAGCCAUCUUUUGCCUGUUCGCUGGUCAGCCCCUCACGAUUUUGAGCAGCACGGGGCCUGUUCUAGUUUUCGAGAGGCUUCUAUUUAAUUUCAGCAAGGACCAUAAUUUUGACUACCUGGAGUUUCGCCUUUGGAUUGGCCUGUGGUCAGCCUUCUUGUGUCUCAUUUUGGUAGCCACAGAUGCCAGCUUCUUGGUUCAGUACUUCACUCGCUUCACCGAAGAGGGCUUCUCUUCUCUGAUUAGCUUCAUUUUUAUCUACGAUGCUUUCAAGAAGAUGAUCAAGCUAGCGGACUACUACCCCAUCAACUCCAACUUCAAAGUGGGCUACAAUACCCAGUUUUCCUGUGCCUGUAUGCCUCCUGACCCAGUUAAUAUCUCAAUAUCUAAUGACACUACAUUGGCCCCAGAGGAUUUGCCAACUGUUUCUUCUUCUGACAUGUACCAUAAUGCUACCUUUGACUGGGCGUUUUUGUCAACGAAGAAGUGUUUGAAAUAUGGAGGAAAGCUCGUGGGGAACAACUGUGAUUUUGUUCCCGAUAUCACACUCAUGUCUUUCAUCCUCUUCUUGGGCACCUACACCUCUUCUAUGGCUCUGAAAAAAUUCAAAACUAGCCGUUAUUUUCCAACCACGGCAAGAAAACUGAUCAGUGACUUUGCCAUUAUCCUGUCCAUUCUCAUCUUUUGUGUAAUAGAUGCCCUGGUAGGUGUGGAUACUCCGAAACUAAUUGUGCCAAACGAAUUCAAGCCAACAAGUCCAAACCGAGGUUGGUUUGUUCCACCAUUUGGAGGAAACCCCUGGUGGGUGUACCUUGCAGCUGCUAUCCCUGCUUUGUUGGUCACCAUUCUGAUUUUCAUGGACCAGCAAAUCACAGCUGUGAUCGUGAACAGGAAAGAACACAAACUCAAGAAAGGAGCUGGAUACCACCUGGAUCUCUUCUGGGUGGCCAUCCUAAUGGUGGUGUGCUCUUUCAUGGCUCUUCCAUGGUAUGUGGCUGCGACCGUCAUCUCCAUUGCUCACAUCGACAGUUUGAAGAUGGAGACAGAGACUUCUGCCCCUGGAGAACAACCAAAGUUUCUAGGUGUGAGGGAACAAAGAGUCACUGGAACCCUCGUGUUUAUUCUGACUGGUCUAUCAGUCUUUAUGGCUCCCAUCUUGAAGUUUAUUCCCAUGCCUGUUCUCUAUGGCGUGUUCCUGUAUAUGGGGGUAGCAUCCCUUAAUGGUGUGCAGUUCAUGGAUCGUCUGAAGCUGCUGCUGAUGCCCCUAAAGCACCAGCCAGACUUUAUCUACCUGCGCCACGUCCCCCUGCGCAGAGUCCACCUGUUCACCUUCCUGCAGGUGCUGUGUCUAGCUCUGCUCUGGAUCCUCAAGUCCACCGUGGCUGCUAUCAUCUUUCCAGUCAUGAUCUUGGCACUUGUAGCUGUCAGAAAAGGCAUGGACUACCUCUUCUCCCAACAUGACCUCAGCUUCCUCGAUGAUGUCAUUCCAGAAAAGGACAAGAAAAAGAAGGAAGAUGAGAAGAAAAAGAAAAAGAAGAAAGGAAGUCUGGACAGUGACAAUGAUGAUUCUGACUGCCCAUACUCAGAAAAAGUUCCAAGUAUUAAAAUUCCAAUGGACAUCAUGGAACAGCAACCUUUCCUAAGCGAUAGCAAACCUUCCGACAGAGAAAGAUCACCAACAUUCCUUGAACGCCACACAUCAUGCUGAUAAAAUUCCUUUCCUUCAAUCACUCGGUAUGCCAAGAUGUGUCCUCUGACAACCAGAUUCCUUUGUCACUCAAGACACGCACAGACCCUGUCCUUUCCCUUUAUUAAGCAGAGGGCAAAAGCAUUAAGGAUUUUGUAACACCUUUGAUUAAAAUAUUGAAGGAACUUACAACUUUAGCUUUGGAGCUGUGCUUACCGGCUUGUGUGCCUGUCUGGUAGAAGAAACCCUGACCUCCAGGCAGAGCCCCUCUUUGCUUUUAGAGCUCUCCAGGACUGGAAAAAAAGUGCUGCUAUAUGCUAACUUGCUCUUGCUUGUCAGCCCUAAUCUUAGAGUUAUCAAAAGAAGAAAAACUCAAGGUACUUUACUCCCUGUAGAGAAACUAUUGCCAUCAUUGUAGCAAGUGCUGGAAUAUCCCUUUUUCCUAUGCAACUUUUUUUAACCCUUUAAUGAACUUAUCUGUUGAGUACAUUGAAGAAUAUUUUCUUCGUAGAUUUUGUUGUUUAAAUUAUGGGGCCUAACCUGCAACUUAUUUUUUGUCAAAUUUUUAAACUUUUUUUUAAUUACUGUAAAGAAAAUGAAUUUUUUCCUGCAGCAGGAAACAUAGUUUUGAGUAGUUCUACCUCUUAUUUGUAGCUGCCAGGCUUUCUGUAAAAAUUGUAUUGUAUAUAAUGUGAUUUUUACACACACAUACACACACAAAUACACAAUCUCUAAGGUAAGCCAGAGGGCUGGAUCAGAUUAAAAACACCAUGUUUCUUAGCAUCCAUUUUUCCCUUUCUUUAAAAGAAACUUACUGUUCUAUGAAGAGAUUGGGGGAGAAGGGAGAAGCUCUUAUGUAAUGGGCAUAACUGACGUUUUGAUAAUAGUAAUAUCCGGGCAUAGAUGCUGAUUGUAUUACCAUGUCAAUGUCCUAUGCAGUAUUUUUAGACAUUGUUUUCAUUUUGAAAUAUUUGUGUGUUUGUGUACAUACUCUGUGUGUGGCUGGUGCUCAUAUGUGCAAAGUUGGGGAGACAGAGUGAAGGUAGGGGAUGGGCAAAAUUAUCCAGCCUCUUUUGUCAUUUUUCAUAAAACCCAAACCACAUGUGAAAAAUUCAUCAGAGGUCUAAGAGACUUACUAUUAUGCAAAUGAGGGUAAAUAUAAUUUUAUUGCUGGAUAACAUCAUUGAUCCAAGAGCUCAUAUUUAUAAUACAAAGUCUAUUGGAAUAUUAAUAGAUAAUUUACUUAUCUGUACAGUGUUUAUGGGGCUGCAGACAGAUCUGCACA